AUGUCUUCCAACAAGAAAAAGCUGUUGAAAUCCCUCUUAACAGCCAAUGCAAGAUGUGGGUGUAAAAAACUCUAUGAUGUUCAUGAACCAAAACUCAAAGCUUCACCACCGCCGCUGCCGUCAUCACCAUCACCAUCAUCAAAUUUCAAUAUGGAUACAAUCUCAUCAUCAUCAUCAUCGUCAUCCAAUGUUAUGGUAAACCCUAAAAUCAUGGACAGCAUCGCAGUGGUGAAGGAUUCCCAUGAUCCGUACCUGGAUUUUCGACACUCGAUGCUGCAAAUGAUCGAGGAAAAGCAUAUCUACUCCGCCAAUGAACUACAGGAGCUUCUUCAAUGUUUUUUGGAGCUGAAUUCACCAUGCCACCACCGUGUUAUCGUCGAAGCUUUCAUGGGGAUCUAGCAUCAGAAAUUAUGUGAAUAAAUUUAAUUAUUUCUUACGUCCAAAAAACUGCAUGGCGGUUGAUCAUAAACUCAUAAAUAAUAUGUAAGUUUUUUUCCCUUGUAUUUAUAACUAUAAUU